AUGGCCCCCUCUGAACUUCCGGAGCUGGAGCUGUUCCGUACUGCUCUCUUGACCUGCUGCAAGGUGUGUGGAGGACGUGAAGAGAGGGACAAGAGGUUCCUGAUCUGUAGCCACUCUGAGUGCUUUUACAAGUACUACCACAUUAGUUGCCUGACUAAAAAGCAGAUUGCAAGUGAUGUGCAGAUGGGCAGCCAGCGCUGGUACUGUCCAUCUUGCCUCUGCCUGUGUGACACGGACGAUGAUAAGAUCAUCCUGUGUGACUGCUGGGAUCAGGGCUAUCACCUCUACUGCCUCAGUCCUCCUAAAAGAAAGGUGCCUAAGGAGUAUUGGGACUGCGACCCCUGCAAGAAGCGGAGCGAAAAGGAGAGGAGGAUAUUGAUGCUCCACAGGAACGAUUAA